AUGUUACAAAGAGCAGGGCUACUUCGCUACAAGGGUGAGAAAAAGAGUUGGAAAAAGCAAACUUUAGCCGAAAAAUACAAGAAUAUCAAAGAGGCCAAGACUGGUCGGAAGCACCAUGUUUCUUCGGGAUUAGGGAAAAGGGAUGUCAACGUCAUUUAUGAAAAAGUUACUAAAGAAGAUCCAACGUUGAAUCAGAAAGAAAAAGUUGAAAGAGAGAAGAUGGAUAAAGAACUUGAUGAACUCAAUGUCCUCAUGAAAAAACUAGAUGCUGAAGAGGCCAAGGCCAUGAAUUCUGAAUUGAUUCUUGAAAAUAAGAAAGCCUUAUUCCCAGCCUGGACUCUUGAAUGA